CACACGCGACACAACAUGUCAAUCUGAGGCUACCGUACCCUUUGUGCAAUUUCUGCAUACUUGCCAACCUUUUGUUUGCACAUCGCCGCCUGCUUAGAUGGAUUUGUACUGUUAAUACGCCGAUUGGGCUUUCAUGCUACCUGCGCGUAUGGCCUCGUUCAAGGUGUUUUCGCCAGGAGGGCAACGGCCUUCCAAGGGCAGCAGCUCCCAGUCAGAGCAGUUAGGAUCGCAGCAAAGAUACAACGAAGUUGACAAUGAGGUCUACCUGCCUAGAUCCAACGAUAUAUACAUCACCAAGACUAAAGGUGGAAAGCCCGCGUUGGCUCGCAAGAAGCAUGACAGACUACCAGAGGACAUUGGAUUCGACCUUUUUGGCCAAAACAUCGGUAGCUCAUCUCGCGCAGAUGUGGAGAAGCGGGCUCGUCGCCACAGGAGCUUCUACUCUCAAAGUUCAGGCUUUGCUUCGCCUUCAACUCCAAGCCAGCCUCACACGCCACAAACUUCAUUCAACAACAACAACCAAGCUCGCGGAUAUGGAGCCUCUCCAGCUGGAACAGUGCGUAAAAGUAGUCUUCGAUCUGCUUCAAUUUCUACUCCCGAACGUAUCUAUCGUGUCAAAGAGAGCCCGCGCAAUAGUAACACAUACCAUGACACAUACCAUGACGAAGUGCCCGGAGCGAGAGAUCCAAACCAGAUGCCUGCGGACUUUAGUCUUCCAACACAGCAAAUCCCUAUGUGGUCUCCACUACAUACGCCUGUUUCUCCGCUAUCGCCAGCUUCAUUCUGGAAUAUGAAGGCUAAUGGUAACAACACACCGACUAUGGAGCCUGCCCAAGGUCCUUCGGCUGCUCUACCCACUAACCCUCGAGUAUAUGCUACUACGCAACUCCCCGACUACGGCGGCCUUCGAAGUCUGGGACAGAGACAGAGACAGUCUCUUGGUGUAGCAUCAAACACUCAACAUGUACAACCCCCAGCAUACAUGGCUCCUCCGUCUACGGCAGUGCAUUCGUACUUUCAACCUCACCAGUAUACUGCUUUAUAUCCGGAAGCUAAGUCAUCUGCUUUCCCAAUCUCUGGAUCCAUGCAGAACCCCUUUCCUGCUUUUCCGCUUUCACCGGUAACACCAACAACACCCCCGGCAAAUUUGUCACCCGACGGGAGCAGCAAAGCGGCCUCAAACAGCACUGCGAGGUUCAUCCCUAGCGAAGCUAAGGAGUUCGAGGAACAUUAUAGUGCAACUAUGAAAUCUCAAGCACAAGGAACAAGAACUGACGAAGGCAAGAAAGAGAAGGGAGCAAUAGCAAUAGAGGAAAUUAGCAAGUAUAUACAGCAUGUCCAUAUUUGUGCAGCUUGCGGGAAGAAGCGGUCUAGGGGAUAUCAACGAGCACAUCCGUUGAAGAGAGGCGAAAUACCGACCCGAGACUAUUGCCGCAAAUGCCUACACCACGCUCUCAAGGACACCGACAAUACAGAUGACGAUCUUAUGAGUGGCGAUACCCGUGAAUCUCUACGUCCCACUAGCUACGAGACGGCUGACACUAUCCGUGAAGAUGUGCCAAUGGAUGCAAAGGCAUGGCGUAGCCGUAAGCUGAGGAGAAGACCGACACGCCUUGAUCUAGCACCAAGGAUCCCAUCCCAAAGAGCUACUCGGGCGGGUUAUACGGAGCCACCCUUGUCGGUAUCCUCAGGAGAAGAGUCGGAUUUCGGCGUCUCGGCACCUAUUCCUAUCCCAAGUCCUGGGGAAUAUCACUAUCGAAACAAGCGUGCAGUCUCAUCUGAUAAAGAACCCCGACACAAGGUCAAUAUCAAUAUAUCUACUUCUAAACUUAAGACAUCUCGGGGUCGUCGAGAGAGUCCCGCGGACGAGGAUGGCAGAUCUACUCUGAGGAAUGCUGCUCGUGCCAAAAGUUCCAACACGACAGCCAAUCACGAACCAAAGGGAUCAGCAGAGGCGACCUCAGGACUUAGUCAACGUGAAGACUUUGGCAGAGUCUAUAGUAGUGGCAUUGAGGUCUCAUCUCAAGCUGCUGCCUCACCAAAGAGACGCACUAGAGUUCCACGACCGAAUGUGCCUAAAGCAGUUUCUGAGGCCGUUCCCAAGAUUUCUAUAGGGGCGGUUCCUACGUUAUCGGAAGCUCCUUCUCUAGAGAGUGAGACUCGUGAUAAGGUGUAUAAGAAUAUAGAUGAUGAUGAUUUCGAGCGUCUCAGCUUUCUCAAGGAAGUCCAAGAGUUCAAGAACAACUACUCUAACCUUGAUCACAGCGAUCCCCCUGCUCAGCGGACAGCCCGCGAAGGUUAUGAUUCGGCUAAAGAAAACAAGCCCAUUCACAAUAGAGGACCCAAGACCUACAACCAUGACCGAAAGCGGCCGAAUUUGGGCACAACACCCGACUUUGGGCAACCCUAUGGGGGUCCAGGACUUCGUUGGCAUACAUAUUCUAGUCGUGAACAAAUUGGUUGCUAUCAAGACAAACCUGAAGCACGUCAAGAGUUCCAAGGACAUGUAGGCCAUACAACGGAAGCCGAACCGGACACGCCGGAUACUCCCACAUGGCCGUCGACACCGACUUUGACGGACUUACCGUAUGACAACGCGGCCUCUAUCCCGGGUUUCACGGACGACUACUGGGGAGGGGGUGAGGAAGACGAGGACUGGGCUGAAAAUAGCGCGCGAAACUUGGCCGAGGAAGAACUGGCAUCCGCCGGUAAGCUUUUUGACGACUUGGCAGGUGGUAACUGGGGUGAAUCUCGUACCUCCUCCUUUUUUAUUCCCACGUUUGUGACUCGCACCGAGAUCUCUGUAGAGUCUUUUCGUUCUAGUGAAGAGCAGAAUGGCGCCACUGCUGAUACUUCAACCGUUACUUACCAACUAGCUGAGACUUCGGAGACGGGAGAGGAUGUCGACCGAAAUGGGUCGACGAGAACAUUCGGAUCCUUCAAGCAGAAGGAUGGAGAUUGUGCCCGCACCUGGAUGCCACCGUCGUACCAUGAUACCUGGCAACGACCCGAUCGACCCGGCCUACGUGAGACUCCAAGGGAGCAGCACAAGAAUACUAUGUACCACUUCGAUGAGAGAGAAUCUGGCAGUUCAUUCGACCUGAUGGCCCCGGACCCAACAUCCUCCAUGGCCGGCCAUACGGGACACUCAACGGAGAAUAUGCCGCCCAGCAUGUUUGACUACAACCAGUCUACCACUAGCGGAGGGUGGCAUAAUCGCCUCUCUUCGCGACACUGAGAGAAACUUUGGGCUUUAUUGCCACUGUUAUGGAACUAAUUAACCCACUGUUAUCCCGUUUGAACUCGCAUACCAAUAAUUGAUGGCCACCACACUUGUUCUGUUCGG